AUGUCUGUCAACAGCGUACCUACGAGCCCCCUUCUAAAGCUCCCCGGAGAGCUUCGCAACCGUAUCUACAACUAUGCACAAGAACCACGCGAUGUUCAUCUCACCCGCAAGCCUACCCAGCAACACGAGCAGACAAAUAAGACUCAUCGACAGUUCUUCGGUCUCACACAAGUCUGCCGCCAGCUUCGGUCAGAGUAUCUACCCAUGUACAUGGCGCAGACCAAAGUUCAUAUCCAGUGUGUGGACUCGCUUCUUUACAUCAACACUUUCAUUCUCCCUACCGGUACAGACCCCAAGCAAGCUCGCGGAGAUCUCACCGUCCAAUUACCAGGCCAAUUAUCAAUGAUUAUUGAGGGUGUCAUCGCUUUUCAAUAG